AUGUCGUCGCCGCGCAUAUACGCCCGAGCGCGACACCUCGUGCCUCCUCGACCAUCCCAUCUCCACUCCACCCUACGACCACAACGACCAUUCUCCACAACCAGAACCCUCCGUAAUCCCCCAAGAUCUCGCAAAGAGUCCUUCGCCUCUCGACUAGGCCGCGCAUGGCGCCGCACACCCAUCACAUGGAAGCCCAUCCCCAUCGGCCUGGGCAUCGCCUUCCUUGGCGUCUUCCAAUUCUACCGCGUCCAGGAGCGCGAGCGUAGAAAGCAGGAACAGGAGUGGCUGAUCGAGCACGAUGAAGAUGGCGUACUGCGGCAGCGGAAAAAGAGACAGCGCAUACGUCCAUCAGGCCCGUGGAGCGUGCAGAUCAUGAGCACUUUGCCCCUUAAAUUUCUCUCGAGACUAUGGGGUAAGUUCAACGAGCUGGAUAUACCUUACUACCUCCGAGUGCCGGGGUUCAAACUGUACGGGUUCAUUUUUGGCGUCAAUUUCGAUGAGGUCGCCGAACCCGACCUGCACACCUACCGCAAUCUGGCACAGUUCUUCUACCGCACGCUGAAGCCGGGUGUCCGGCCGUUAGAUCCUCAUCCUAACGCCCUUCUGAGCCCUGCUGAUGGCAGAGUCAUCCAAUUCGGAUACAUCGAGCACGGCGAAGUCGAGCAGGUGAAGGGCGUGACGUACUCUGUGGACGCGCUCCUCGGCGCCGAACCCACCGCAGGUGGACACCAACUACCCACGAGCACGAACCCCGCCAUCUCUCCCAGCCAUCCCCCACAUCGCAGGGAAGGCGGUGAUUCCGAUACCAUUCGAUCGGACGAGGAAUUCGCUCGAGUGAACGGCAUUUCCUACACCCUGCCGAAUCUCUUUUCCGGCGUCAAGUCCGGCCCCAAAGUCGACACCACACAAGGCACCCCCUCCGACCAGUCUACCUCCUCCAAAGCGGGUUCGGAAGCGGAAGUCGCCGCCGAUCUCGCCCGCUCGCCUCGCGCUCCCAAGCCGUGGUAUUACCCCGCUGCGAAAGAGAGGCCGAGCGGACUGUACUACUGCGUUGUCUACCUAGCCCCAGGCGACUACCACCGCUUCCACAGCCCGGUGAGUUGGGUAGUAGAAAGCCGACGCCACUUCGCCGGCGAGCUGUACUCCGUAUCGCCCUACCUCCAACGCACACUACCAGGCUUAUUCACGCUCAACGAACGAGUAUGUCUACUCGGCCGAUGGAAGUACGGCUUCUUCUCCUACACUCCCGUCGGCGCGACAAACGUCGGCUCCAUCAUCAUCAACUUCGAUCGUGAACUCCGCACAAACUCCCUUCUUACAGACACCCUCGCCGAUCUCGCCGCCGCUUCUGCGCAAGAAAAAGGCGAACCCUACUCUGGCUACGCAGAGGCUACGUACGCAGGCAGCAGUCCGGUGCUCGGCGGACACGCAUUGAGAAGAGGAGAGGAGAUGGGCGGCUUUCAACUGGGCAGCACGAUCGUCUUGUUAUUCGAGGCGCCUAAAGGUGUGCGGCCGAGUUUCGACGAAGGCUGGGUGGACCCUGGACAUGCGGCUCCGGGGAUGGGAGAUGGAGGGAGGAAGGGUGGGUGGCAGUGGUGUAUUGAGAAGGGCAUGCGGGUGAAGGUGGGGGAGAAGUUGGGCUUUGUGGAGGAUGACGAUGAUGAUGAUGAAGUGAAGGGAUGA